CGGAAAUGGAAGUGGUACAUAUGGUAAUUAUUUGGGAACAAUUGUCCUGAGUAGUAGAUUAGCUCCUUUGUGCUACAGAACUUGGUGGGAGAUGCCUAAACGGCUUAAGAGGAUAUGUGGGGACCAUUGUAAAGGUAAAACCCUUCAAUGACAUUAAAAUAAUUUUGAUGGGAAAAGUGGAUUAUCAUGCAACAAUUAUCACAUUUUCAAGGAAAGUAUGAUGUGGGAAUCAUUUCAAAACAAUGAACAUUAUCCUCUAUCGGAACAAAAUGGAGGGGUACAAGUGUGAACUAAAAAGUGAAUACUACUCGGUUUGGGAUACAGAUGCAGAAAGAUUGGCAAAUUCACCACCUGAUGUUGAGAAGGAGCAUUGGGAAUUCUUGGUUAGGUUUUGGGGUAUGCCUAUGGCGAAGGAGGUGAGCGAAAAAAACAAAGAACGUCGUGGGAAGCAAACAAUGCUUCAUACUACCCGGGCAAAAAGCUUUGCACGUGUUUCUGCUGAGAUUGAGGAAAAAGAAGGUAUUCAGCUUUCUCGUGCUGAUUUAUUCAUUCGUACACAUAUAAACAAGGAUGACAAGGAUACUGAUGCUGCUGCUUCAGAGAUGAUUACUAUUUUGUAGCUGCGGGGCCGGUCACCACCAACUGGAUUGUGAGAACAAUAGCACAACUCUGGACUUGACUGGAUAAAAAUUCUAUGUCCAAGAGAUCUCUUAUGAAAAUCGAAGCAUAAGAGUGGUAUAUUCCCAAAUAGACAAGGAUCAGUGCUCUUUUCGUGGCAAAUAUCCUCCGGACAGGUUCACUUUCUACCAUUUAUAUAAUCCUUAUGAUUAUAUAUAUUUUGUGAGUUGUGAAACACUGCUUGUUUUUUAAUUAGUCAGAAUCCCAAAACUCAAGCUGAAACCCUCGAAGAAAAAUGGCUUCCAUUUUGAGAUGACUUUAAAUUACAGUCACUGAAUAGAAAAAAAAAAAAAAAAAAAAAUGCCCCACACUAUUCAAUGUUGACUGGCUCUAAAGUCUUCAUCUUUUGCUUACUUGAAUGACUUUGAUUUUUCAAAAGAUUACUUUAAAUGAAGCCAUCUUAAAAUGCCCCACACUCGUGAAAAGGACUCAUUUAAAUUUAUCUUCUUUUGCUUUUAAUUUAUCUUCUUUUGCUGGACUUUAAUUUUUCAGAGGACUACCACUUGAAAGCUGCCAGAAUAUAUAUAUGUACAAUAAUAAUUAAGAAGAUAUUAGCACUCCACUUUUUUCAAUUGCAUUUCACUUGUGUUUGACAAAAAGUUCUUUCAAUUCAUUAAUAUAUCAUCCCUUAUUUUAUAAUGUCAUAAAUAUUUUAUAUACAAUUUUAACCUUAUUUUACUUUAUUUACUAUCUUUACUAUUUUUUUUUUUUUUUUUUUUCUUUCCCGAAGGUCCUCUAAAAAAAAAUUAAAUAUUUUUUAGGUAUUUUUUUAGAGAGGUAACUUUUAUUUAUUUUUAUAAUUUUUUAUAGAUCCUGCUAAAAGAAAUAAUUGAUUCAAUAGAAUUAACUUCUCUUUUUGUCUAAUCAAAAGACAUAAUUUAUUCAAAAAAGAUAAUUAUUAUUAUUAUUAUUAUUUUAUUUUUAUUUUUUGAUCUUGAUGAAAGAGAGAAUUUUUUUGUCCCGUCAAAAGAGACAAUUUAUUCAAUAUAAUAUUUUUAUUAUUUUGGAUACCUUUUUUUUAUCAUGUAAAAAAAAAAAAAAAAAAUUAUUCUUGUCAAAAGAAACUUAAAAUAUUAAAGAUUAAAGAUUAAGAGAGCAAAUAUGAAAGAGGUUGUUGCUAGUUAAAAAAAGAAAAGAAAAAGAAAAAGGUAUUAUUUAUUUAUUUUUUACAAGUAAUAAGUGUUAAAAGUUAAAUUAGUAAGGGUCAAAGCCUGUCACUCUAAAAUCAGUAAAGGCACUAACCCAUCUGCAUAUUAUAUAGUUGUAAAGUUAGUUUUAAAAUAACCAUUCUUAUUAAAAUUAGAGUGAAAAUUUAGAAAAAUAAACUCUCCCUAUUAAUUAUAAUAAAGGCUCGUGUGCGCUUUACACCCCUGUGGUAUCGAUAUAGUGCAUAUAUCCCCUCAUUGUUUGUUCACCUUUCUUACAAUUUAAAAAUGGUGCGGAUUAGUUCAUUUUGGGUAUUGACCUCUAUUGACCGGUACCGGAGCUACAAAAAGACUAAAAUAACCCUCUAUCUAUGAUUUAAAAAUAAUAAUAAAAUAACAUAAAAUGAAAAAAAAACUAAAAUAACCCUCUAUCAAUAUGCGGUCGUUUCAAGUUAGGGCAUAUUCACAGUUUACAGACUUGCACUCUCUCUUUCUGUUUUUGUAGAGAAAGUAAAGACAAACUAAGAAUUGUAAUGGUUGUUUCUGAAACUUAUCUCCAUUUCUUUUGGUUCUCUCAAUCAGUAUCACCUCCCUUCAAAUUGAGACAACAUCCAUCUUGGGAAAUUCACACCUCAUACCAUCUUAUAUCCAACUUUUUUAGAUUUUGGUGCGGUUGCAGUCCACAGAAGAGUCGCCGUAACACCGGAACCAGAGGGUGCAGAAGUUGCGAUUGGAGAUGGAAUGUGAUUGCUUGAUUUAGGGGGAGAAAUUGUUGGACAAAGCCAAAAGGUGAGUACAGAGUAUAUACAUCAUCUUUGAAUAUGUGUUUUUAAUUGGUACCCAUUUCAUCAUUGCCUCUGAUUUGAGUGAUACGGUGAUGGGUUUUGUUUGUUGAUCUUGUUUUGAUGAUUUUGGAAAUUUUCUCAGAAGCUUUGAAUAUGUGUUUUUAAUCAAUACCCAUUUCAUCAUUGCUUCUGA